AUGGCUUCUUUGCAGGAAUUCCGGGUAAUUUACGGGAAGCUUCUGGCCCAAGAGAAGGCCAAAUGCAACAAACACGAACAUGAUCUUGCAGCUUUUCAAGUCUUCAGGGAGAGGCUAUGUGUUGAAUUUGAUGAUAGGAGGUACGUGGGCGGCGUCCCUGGAGUUCAUGUUGGUGACGUGUUUGAUUCGGACGCCGAGCUUUUCCUUGUUGGUCUCCAUCGUAAACUGCAGUCGCGUGUUGAUUACAUCAACCGGAACGGGGGCACGACAUGUCUAGCCGUUAGCAUUGUGUCGUACGCGCAACAGUCUGUCCAAAAUAACAAUCUGGAUUUCUUGCUACAUGUUGGGUCUGUGGCUGCCACCACUGGUCAGAAGAUGGAAGAUAUAUCGGCAGGUCUCGAGAAGAUCCCUAUAUCUGCAAUCAACUCCAUAUCAAACGAGGCCCCAGCUCCAUUUUUCUACAUUUCACACAUACAAUACCUCGGGAAGUAUCAGCUAGAUCCUCCAUCGGGUUGUGAUUGUGUUGGUCCAUGUUCGGACUCGCAAAAGUGUGCAUGUGUAAUGAAAAAUGGAGGGAAGACCCCUUUCAGAAAGACCGGUGGUCUCCUAGAGGAAAAACCUCUUAUUUACGAGUGUGGACCUUCAUGCAAGUGCCCUCCAACUUGUCGCAAUAGAGUGGGCCAACAUGGAAUUGCUUUUCGCCUUCAAGUCUUCAAGACAGCAUCGAUGGGUUGGGGAGUACGAAGCCUUGAUUUUAUACCUACGGGACGUUUUGUGUGUGAAUAUAUAGGGGAGUUGUUGGAUAACGAAGAUGCUCAGGAGAGGGAUAAUGAUGAGUACUUGUUCCUUAUUGGAAACAACUAUUAUGAUGUAUCCCGCUGGGAUAACUUACAAAAGACUAUCCCCUCACUUAGGAAUGGCCCUGGGGAAGAGGAAGAAAAUUUCUUUGCGGUGGACGCACUGAAAUGUGGCAACCUUGCAAGGUUCAUCAACCAUAGCUGCACCCCUAACCUUUUCACACAAAAUGUCCUUUAUGACCAUGACAACAAGGGUAUGCCUCACAUCAUGCUCUUUGCUUGUGAGGAUAUUCAGCCUCUUGAACCACUAUCAUAUGACUAUAAUUAUACCAUAGAUGGGGUCCAUGACUCUGAAGGUAACAUCAAGAAGAAACGAUGCUUAUGUGGCUCUGUUGAGUGCACUGGAUGGUUGUACUAG